AGCAUAAUAAAUUUUGACGCCGAUGAAAAUUUUCGGGGGGGUUUUUUGGGGACCUCUUCUUGUUUCCAUCCGAGAGAGAUUCUAGGGUUGCGAGCCGAAAAGGUCAGUAAUUGAAAAUGAAUUCUCCAACCGAAGAUGGGACGGAGGGUUUGCCGCCUCCGCCACCAGUGCCACCUGGGGUGGUCCCAAUCAAAGCUGAUUCGGAAAGAUGCUCGCCACCUAAGAAACCAUCAACUCCAAAGCGUAUUCCAAUGCCCAGACGCGGCUUGGCUAAGCGAGGCCACCCUAUACAACUUGUUACAAAUCAUUUCAAAGUUUCUGUUCGGAAUGUUGAUGAUUACUUUUACCACUACAGUGUAAACUUGAAGUAUGAAGAUGAUCGGCCUGUGGAUGGUAAGGGGGUUGGCCGAAAAGUUAUUGACAAAUUACACCAAACCUACGAUAGUGAGCUUGGUAACAAGGAGUUUGCUUAUGAUGGGGAAAAGAGUUUGUUUACAAUAGGUUCCCUACCACAAGUGAAGAAUGAGUUCCUUGUUGUUUUGGAGGAUGCAUCAUCGAAUAGAACUGCUGCCAAUGGAAGCCCAGGUGGAAAUGACAGCCCAGGGGAGAAUGACCGUAAGCGUUUGCGGCGUCCCUACCAGACAAAGUCCUUUAAAGUUGAGCUGAAUUAUGCUGCAAAGAUUCCAAUGCAAUCAAUUGCAAUGGCUUUAAAAGGCCAUGACACUGAAAACUCUCAGGAAGCACUGCGAGUGCUUGAUAUCAUCUUAAGACAGCAUGCAGCAAAGCAGGGUUGCUUGCUUGUCCGUCAAUCCUUUUUCCAGAACAACCCUUCAAACUUUACUGAUAUAGGUGGGGGCGUCUUAGGUUGUAGAGGGUUCCACUCUAGCUUCCGAACCUCCCAAGGUGGCCUGUCAUUGAACAUAGAUGUCUCAACGACCAUGAUAGUUAAACCAGGGCCUCUUGUUGAUUUUAUUAUUGAAAAUCAGAAAGUAAGGGACCCAUUUUCAAUUGACUGGGCAAAGGCGAAGCGUAUGCUUAAAAAUUUGAGGAUAAAGGCAAGUCCUACAAACAUGGAAUAUAAAAUAGUUGGUUUAAGUGAAUUACCUUGCAACCAGCAAAUGUUUACUCUGAAACAAAGAACUGCCAAAGAUGCCAAUGGAGAUUGUGACGCUCACACGACAGAAAUUACUGUUUAUGACUAUUUUGUCAAACACAGAAAUAUAGAGUUGAGGUAUUCCGGUGAUCUUCCUUGCAUCAAUGUUGGAAAACCGAAGAAGCCUACUUACCUCCCAUUGGAGCUAUGCACCCUGGUGUCUCUGCAAAGAUAUACAAAGGCAUUAUCCACUCUCCAGAGAUCUUCGCUUGUUGAAAAGUCGAGGCAAAAACCUCAAGAGAGAAUGUCAGUUUUGAGCAAUGCACUGAAGUACAACAACUAUGAUGCUGAUCCCAUGCUUCAAGCAUGUGGUGUCUCUAUCAGCGCACAGUUUACACAGGUUGAUGGCCGUGUGCUACAAGCGCCUAAGUUAAAAGUUGGGAAUGGGGAAGACUUCAUGCCCAGGAACGGGAGGUGGAAUUUCAAUAACAAGAAACUUUUUGAGGCCACUUGUGUAGACAAGUGGGCUGUUGUGAAUUUCUCUGCUCGUUGUGAUAUGAGAAAUCUUGUGCGUGAUCUGAUCAAAUGUGGGAAGAUGAAAGGAAUUCAAGUAGAUGACCCGUUUGUUGUGCUUGAGGAGAAUCCUUCUAUGCGGAGAGCCCCUGCUCCUGCAAGAGUUGAAGAUAUGUUUGAGCAGAUAAAGUCAAAGCUUCCGGGAGCUCCCAAAUUUCUACUCUGCCUUUUAUCUGAGCGCAAAAAUUCUGAUGUUUAUGGACCUUGGAAGCGAAAAUGUCUUGCUGAAUUUGGAAUUGUGACACAAUGCAUUGCACCUCAAAGAGUUAAUGACCAAUACCUUACUAAUGUUCUACUAAAGAUCAAUGCAAAGCUUGGUGGAAUUAACUCAUUAUUGCUACAAGAGCGCAUGACAAAGAUCCCCCUUGUUUCUGAGUCACCGACACUUAUACUAGGCAUGGAUGUAUCACACGGCUCACCUGGACAUUCUGAUGUUCCAUCAAUUGCUGCGGUUGUAGGCUCACGUCAAUGGCCUUCUAUUUCUCGGUACAGAGCUUGUGUAAGAACCCAAAGUCCUAAGGUUGAAAUGAUAGAUUCUUUGUUUAAACCAGCAGGUUCUGAUGAUGAUGGCAUUAUCCGGGAACUUCUGAUAGAUUUUUACACAAGCUCCGGAAAAAGGAAGCCUGACCAAAUUAUUAUUUUCAGGGAUGGUGUGAGUGAAUCUCAGUUCAAUCAGGUGUUGAACAUCGAGCUGGAUCAAAUUAUUGAGGCAUGCAAAUUUCUUGAUGAACAAUGGUGCCCUAAGUUUUUGGUGAUAAUUGCCCAAAAGAAUCACCAUACCAAAUUUUUUCAGCCAGGAUCACCUGAUAAUGUUCCACCUGGUACUGUAGUUGACAACAAAGUUUGUCACCCUAGGAAUUAUGACUUCUACAUGUGCUCUCAUGCAGGAAUGAUUGGAACCACACGUCCAACACACUACCAUGUUUUACAUGAUGAGAUUGGCUUUGCACCAGAUGAUCUGCAAGAGCUUGUGCAUUGUUUAUCUUAUGUGUACCAGAGGAGUACCACUGCCAUUUCUGUAGUUGCUCCAGUUUGCUAUGCGCACCUCGCAGCGUCCCAGAUGGGCCAGUUUAUGAAAUUUGACGACAUGUCAGAGACUUCCUCGAGCCAUGGGGGGGUUACGGCUCCUGGGGCAAUUCCUGUGCCAGAGCUGCCAAGGCUGCAUGAAAAGGUUUGCAGCUCUAUGUUUUUCUGCUGAAGCGAAGGGAAAGCUACUUUCCUAUGUUCUCCGGUGGCAGUGCAGACUGUACUGAUGUUGGAAAGAUGGGAGAAGUUUUAUUGCGUACGCUGCUUCAAAACUAUGGUCUAAGUUAUCUUGAAGGCGCACCAGGGUAUAUACAAUGACGUUUUUGGAUGCUACUUCAAGCGCUACACAGAUGCUAAUUUUGCUUUUUGGGCGACUUUGUGGUAGAUGCCGACUAUUGUUGGUUUACAUUUUAUGUUUUAGAUGUGGCAUUGACCUUGCAUUUUUUCCUCUACUGAUCCACGUAUCAUACUCGUGCCAUUUUUCUCUUA